AUAUGAUUCAGCCUCAAUCAACAAAUACAAUUGGAGAACGAAAGUAGACAGACAUUUUAAUAUAGCCGCGGAAAAAUCAACCUUCUCAACAUUAUGAACCCAAAAUGUACACUUUGCUUAAAAUUAUGGGUUUUCAGUGAUUUAAGAGAACUGUUUUGUGGACAUAUAUUUUGCUAUAACUGUCUAAGAAAAUUGGGAUCACAGAAUAACUACAUCAUUUGUCCUCAAUGCAAAAAAAAUCACAAAUUGCCAAAAGGAGGCAUUGCUUGGCUAAGAAAGUAUAAGUUUGAAAAAUUAUCAGAAACACAAUCGGUGAAUACACAUUUGUGUAAAAAGCAUGAAAGAGAAUUAUGUUUAUACUGCAAAGAGCAUGGAAGUAUAUGUGUUUUAUGUUGGGAGGAAAGUCAUAAAAGUUGCUCAGUUAUGUCAAAUGAAACUCUUAAAGAGGCAAAGGAAAGAAUUCAGAAUUGUCUUGCUCAAGAGAAAAGACAUAACAAAAUUAUUAUGCGUAAAAUUGAGCAAGCUGAAUUAAAAGCUCUUGGUAACUUUUACAAACAAUUUGAAAUUAUCCAAAAAAGGGUUGAACACGUGAUUAGAAAGAGAGAAGAAUAUUUCAAUGAAAUGUUAAGUAAAACUAAUACUGAUGAACUGUAUCAAUUGGAGCGAAACAUUAAUAAUUUAGAUAUACAAAUUUCUGAUGAAAUCCUAAUUGAUUUUGAAAUUCAGAAUUCUUUCUUAAACCAAAAGGAAGAUAAUGGUAAGGCAUUCAAAAUGAUUGAUUUGUCACGCAAUUGCAUUCAAGAUAAACAAAUAGAAAUUAUUAACAAAGAAAUACAAUCAACAAAUGGACAUUUGAUAAAAAUUAAUCUAAGCCAAUGUAACUUAGGAGAGCAUGAAUGUAUAAGGAUAGGUAUCCUAUUUCAAAUCUCUAACAAUAUUGAAAAUGUUAAUCUUGGAUGGAAUUCCAAAAUGGGAAAUGGAUUAAGUAGCAUUUGUAAUGGACUUACCCAAUCAAAAAAUUCAUUAAAAAAUUUCAACCUAGCAUGGUGUAAUUUAAAUGAAGAACAAUGUACUUGGAUAGGUGACCUACUUAAAAAGUGUUCCAAAAUUGAAACAAUAAGGCUGGAAGGAAAUUACAAAAUGGGAAAUGGAUUAGCAGAUAUUUGUACAGGACUUUUAAAUUCAUUAAAUUCUUUGAAGCACAUUAAUUUUAGACUAUGUGAUCUAGAUGAAGAUCAAUGCAUAAAUGUUGGGAAUUUGGUUAAAAAUUGCUUCGUAAUCGAAUCAAUCAAUCUAGAUUGGAAUAAAAGAAUGGGAAAUGGCUUAGAAAGGUUCUGUAUUGGACUAUUUUAUUCACAAUCCACAUUAAAGAAUAUUUAUCUGAAUCAAUGUAAUUUAGAUGAAAACCAGUUUAAAAAGAUUGGAAAUAUAAUGAAAUAUUAUUCCAAACUAGAAAGGAUUGAUUUAGGAUUCAAUUUAAAUAUGAAAAAUGGCAUAAUAAAUUUUUGUCAGGGGCUUAUAGAAUCGGCAACUAACUUGAAAGAAAUUAACUUUGAGAACUGUAAUCUAAAUGCUAAAAAAUGUUAUUGGAUAGGUCACCUGUUUAGUAAAAGUUCAAACAUAGAAAAUGUCAAUUUAAAAGGUAAUUUUGAAUUGGGAGAUAAUGGAAUAAAAAGCAUUUGUCAUGGGCUUCAAAGAUCCAUCAAUAGUUUAAAGAUUAUUAAUUUUGAGCAAUGUAAUCUAAAUGAAGAACAAUGUAAUUAUAUAGGAAACCUAUUUAAAUAUUGUUCUUUAAUAGAAGCAGUUAAUUUUAAAAGUAACUCAAAAAUGGAACAUGGAUUUCAGAAUGUUUGUAAAGGACUUGUUAAAUCAUCAAAUAGCUUGAAACAUAUUAAUUUGGAAUGUUGCCAAAUUGACAAAGAAAGUUGUAUAAACUUGGGAGAGCUUUUAAAAAAUUGUUCCAAGAUAGAAACAAUUAACUUAAAAGAGAAUAGAAAUAUAUCAGAUGCUGUAGAACAUAUUUGUAAUGGACUUUUACCUUCAGUUAAGGCAUUGAAAAGUAUUAAUCUUAACUCAUGCAAUUUUAGUAAACAACAAUGUUUUUCAAUUGGAAAACUUUUGGAAAAAUGUUCAAAAAUUGAAAAAAUAAAUUUGGGCUAUAAUUCAAAUAUGAAAACUGGUGUAAAGAAUAUUUGUAAUGGUCUUCAACAAUCAUCAAACACAUUGAAACAUAUCAGUUUUGAAUUUUGUGAAUUAGAUAAAAAUCAAGCUAAUGAUAUCGGAAAUUUAUUAGAAAUUUGCAAUAAAAUAGAAACAAUUGAUCUAAAAUGGAAUAGAAAUAUUGGAAAUGGAUUUAAGAAUAUUGCUGAAGGGCUUUUAAUAGCAGUAAAUACAUUACAAUAUAUUAAUAUAAGCCUAUGUAACUUGAGUGAAGAAGAAAUUGAAAAUAUAGAAAAUUUGAUGAAAUUAAAAAAACAAGUUUUUUAAAAAGUUGUUUGUUUUGGAA